CAGGACAGUUAAUGUUGAUACAUAACUUGCUUAAAUAGUGAUGGGUAUGGCCCAGUCUUCUUCCAUACAGCGUAACGUGCAGACGCAUGUUGGAGGGCGCGCCAUCUUUGUUUAAAGGAAAGGGUGAACCUUGAAUACCAUUCCUCAACGAGGGCUUAAAAAUUGGCCCUAUUUGUUUUCAAAUUAUUUUUUCGGAAUUUUAUCGGUUCAUUUUUUUUAGACUCUCAGGCAACCAUAAAUUCGUAUUCGAAUUUGGAUUGUCAUUAAAAUGGUUCGCCCCUGCUGUAUAUGUGGCGUCAAGAAGAAUAGCGAGGCAGCAGCAAAUGGAAUUCGAUUUUUCAAAUUUCCAAGUGCUAAAAGCGAAUCACAUUCUAAUUGGAUAAAGACAAUACGUCAUCACUCCACGAAAAUCUCACGUCAGUUUACUCCUAGGAGGAAUUCCAUCGUCUGCUCCAGUCAUUUUGAGGACAGUUGUUUUAAUCGUAGCUACAGGAAGUUACAAUUGAAACAGGGCUCUAUUCCAACAAUUUUCAAGUUUGACGAUUCAUCCAAACAGGUGGCCUCAACUCAAUGCGAUGAGGCAUCCAAUGUGGAAGAAGAGAAAGGAGGUAAUUCCGAAGGCAAUACCGAAGGCAAUACCGAAGGCAAUACCGAAGGCAAUACCGAAGGCAAUACAGAAGGAAAUACAGAAGGAAAUACUAGUACUUCAGCUAUGCGGGACUAUGUAUCCGAUGGAUCUUCUUCUUUGUCUCCUCCCGUGCUUGUCCCUCUCCAAGAUGUCAAUUCAGAUUUUGAAGAAACUAUCGAAGACCCACCUGACUUAGAAUUAUAUGAAAUCAAUCGUGAUUAUGACGAGAGUACAGGCUUGACAAGUUUUGCAGACUUGGACAUGAUCAAAAUGGACCAUAUUGGAAGUGUAGCCGAUAUCUUGGGACCAGAUCCGUACAUGCAAGAUGAAAGUAUUGUAAUGGAUGAGCGACCCGAUUCUAGUAUUGGAGAAGAGAGAGAUGAAGUGGAUGGCCAGACCAUCUUGUCAUUCACGAGUGCAGAAGAAAUGCAUGAGUUUGCUCACCGAGAAGCAAGCAGCAGAUUGACAAAAACAAACGACUUUAGACAAAUCAAGGGAUGGAGGAACAAGUUCCAUCAAUUGACGCCUUCAUUGUCUCCAUCUCCCUGCUCAUCACCUGUUUCAAUUCCGGCUCGGUCUGCAGUUUCCGCCUCCGAAAAUUCUAAGUCACCACUUCCCUCGCACUUUUCUAGAUUGCGUGAUAUACCAAGCACUUCUUUUGAAGUUGAAAAUGACAAAAAAUGUGCUGCGAUGUGUGAAAAAAUGUCUCCUAAUUCCAACAAACAGAGACCAACUAGUCCAGUUGAGGAGGCUGUUGUUAUUCCAUCAGAAGAAACGGUUGAGCCAUUAGAAGAAAAGGCGAAUUCGUCUUUAGAAACGACUGUGCCGUUGGAUGAUGUAAUUACACGUCCAGAAGAAAUGGAGGAACCUUUAGAAGAAACAGCCGAACCAGAAGAAACGGUGGAACCUUUAGAAGAAACAGCCGAACAAGAAGAAACGGCCGAACCUUCAGACGAAUCAACUGAAGCUUUUCCUGAUCUCGGAGUCGAUGGUUCAAUUUCGUACGACUAUGCCAAGUUUGCUGCGUCAGCCGCCUGCUUUCCUUUUGGUGAAAAACGUGGCAAGGUAGCCAAGAAGGCAGAUAAUCCUCCUCCUGCAAGUAAAAAAGUUUCUCUUCGACCAAAGAAUUCUGCUACUCGUGUGCGUCCAGUUAAACAAUUGGUAGUACAAGAUACUCAAAUAUUGCCUAAUGUGGACAUUGACGAAGUUCCAAGCAGUGACAUUAUCGGCUUUGACGAUUCAAUUGAAGAUGUUCUCGUCCAAGAAGAGGAGUACGUUGAAGUUUAUGAUGUUCCGGGAAAUUUGGAGCUCCCUACCGUUGAUUGCGGCCAACUAUUCUGCAGACUAGGCUGCAUCUGUGACACAUUAAUAAAAACUAGGAAUCGCCCAAAAAUGUCAAUGGAGCAUUGUGGUUUACCCGAAUGCAUGCUGCAAUGUGUCUGUGGAUAUCAGCAAGGCAAACCUUCAAGUCGCAAAUGCUUUGCCUCGCUACUCAAGGGAAACGAGUCUUUUUACAGCAAGAUUAAUUGGUCAGGUGAGCGACGGCGACGUGAAAGAAGAGUGCCUGAACGCUUCUCCGAGUUCCACCUCGGAAAUGAAUCUUCGUCGUCUGUUUCAAAUCGUUCGUCGGAAGAAUUCAAGCCUGUUGAAUCGAAGAGCAAAAAUAGCCACCAUCGGGCGAGUAAUUCCAAUGCAUCUCGUCCAUCAAGCCCGUUUAAGAAUGCAAGCCCGCCGCAACAAGGUUCAAUGCCGCCGCAAAGUGUUGUUCGAGACUCACCCUCAGCGAGUAGGAAAUGGGAACCUUUCCGCGUCAAAGUCUGUGCCGACGAGAUCAAAUUAUUGCGCUGGGAUAGUUUCGUCAGCCUCUCGAAGGUUUACGUUGCUCCUGAUCACGAUAUUUUCUGCAUGGAACACACGAUGUACGGCUGCCCCUGCAUUGAAACCGAUCGAAGAAUCAUUCGCAUUGCGUCAAAAUACGUACCAUUGCCACUUAUUGAUACCACUAGAAAUGCCGAUAUCAAGUCACCAACUUCAUCUGCCAAAAAAUUUAAAGCACGAAAUGUUACAAACAGUCCGACGUCCACGUCCAAAAACGUUGCGAAAAAACACACGAAUCCCAAUAUGAGAUUUGCCACCAAAUCAAAAGUAACAGAGGAGACUGCAGAGCCCCCUCCUCAAGAACCGGUCGCUAAAACCUCUUCAUUGUCUAAAAUGCGCAAGUUACUAAGUGACGAGCGCUUUCAAUUGCAGAAGCUCAUGACAGAAGAAAAAAAGCGUGCGUUUGACGAAGAAGUUGAUUUGACCGUUCGACAAGGCCAAACGGUUCAAUUGGUAGCUUGGAUUCGUUUCCAUCGGAUUUAUCACGCUGGGCGUAUCCACAUCCGUUUCCUAAGUCGCCGUGCUGGACCGGUUAUCUUGGUUAUGCGCCCAACUGAAAUUGUAGCAGCAGACAUAACGUGUGAUAUUCAAGAUAUGAAGUGCAACAACAACUCUCCGGAAAUCGUGAAAGAAUUGCUCGACCCUUGCAUUUCACCUGAGGAGACUUCGCGAUACGCCUUUCUUCUUUGUGACGGAGUUAAGUGGGAAUUGGUGGGUUGUCUUUCUUUGAAGGCUUCCAAUGAUGCACCGACUUCCACUGCACCGACUUCCACUGCACCGCCUCCGGUUCCAUUGGACACUCCGGCAUUACCUCAAUCUCCUCCGCCGUCCCAACAUUCGAUCUUCACGAACGAGCUCCCUCCUGUAGUACUAGAAGAACAAGAUGCUCAACGGAAACGAAUUACCAGUCAAAUGAAGUUUCUCGCCAAAAUGCCGAAUAGGAAAGAUAACUCGAUCUAUCCUUCACCUAUUGAACGCUCCAGUGCGUUGGAACUGAAACGUUUGCUGUUGGAACAAAGGCUCAGCGUAAUCAAUUCAAAGCUUACCUUGCCACAACCGAAACAGAGCGCCAAUUUUAAGCAACUAAAACACAGAAGUCGGGCAUUAACUGCUCCGAAUCUGCCCACUGCUCCGAAUUUGCCCACUGCUCCAGUGGUCGAGAAAACAGUCAUCGCCGAAGAGUUGCCGCCUUUGUCACUUCCUGAAGCAGAUCCUUCCAUCCAAGCACCUCCGAAAACUGCCCGGCGCAAAUGGAAACGUAAACCGGACAUGACUUACCUUAUUCCGGAUCAGUGUAUUUUGCCGGAUGACCUGGAAGAUGUGCCGAAUGUCUCUCUCACUGAAACACUGCCCGAACGACAGCCGAGAAGCAAAAUUCACAUCUUACCCGAUUUGGCGAUCGGUCAAUUAGGGAAUGAAUUUAGCCAAUCGUUGUAUCCUGCAGCCGAGAAGCUUGCCAUGUUUUCUCGGCUCAUCCAAAAUAGUCGAAAUGAUUCCUUCGGUGGUGGUAAUUCUUCAAAUUUUGAUGACACAUCGAUGCUUGUCUCGGAUCGUAGUCGCCCGGCAAAACGUUCGCAUCCGAAAGUUGAACGUCUUUCUCUGCCUGUUGCUGUACCUACUCCACUGAUUGCUUCCGAGUGUGCUGUGCCAAACAAACCGCCAUCAGAAGUUACUGUAUUGAAGCUUCAGCCAAUUGGAUCAUCCCUCCCUAGUGGUGUUACUGGACAGAAUACAGUGAGACGCAUCCGCAUUCUUACACCUCAGUCAAACGGAGGAGGAGGAAACGGCCUUGUACCAGUAUUGACAUCUCGGAACGGCCUGGAACCUACCGUAAUUCAACAACAGCGGCUGCACUGGAGCAGUAAAGGAGUGAAGCCACCGGUCAACACGAAAUGCGCCCCAACACCCUCAAUAUCCGAAUCUUUGAUAACCGUCCUGCCCAUUCCGACACCUGCUGUAGUCGGGCAGAAUGUACCAGCUCUACCGUCCAAGACCGUUGACGCAAGUGGUAUUGUACAAUGUACCGAUCUUAUUCCAAACCAAGAUGGAAAAACACCUCUGAUCACUUCAGCUUUACCGAUUCCGGAUUGGUCAACCCAACUGUUGAUGAAGGCAAACGCAGCCGCUUCAGAAAACGCUUCUAAUGGUGGUGUUAAGCUUCUAGAAAAGGAAGAAAGGGCAGAAAAGGAAAGAGAACAACCGAGGAAGUCAACAUCUCCUCCUAUUGUAAUUGCAGAAUCAUCAACAGAGGCUGAAUUAUCAACAAGCUGUGUAUUCCCCAAAAUCUCGACAGCUGAGGUCAUUACCGUGAAAUCUCCUCCAGGAAAUGCAUCUCAUAGACUGAAAAUCAUCUUGGAAGCCAUGGAGGGCGAGCACCGAGAUCUCUGCCCAAAUCGUGCCAGCAUGAUUCUGCCAUUACAUAACAUCGAUGAUCAGUGGUGCAUUGUUUCGAUCGAUCAUGUCCCAGACAGUGGAUUUCAAGUCCCUGGAGUGACAGUGUUUAUUCCACGUGAAAUGCUAGGGCGCGCAGCUUCCACAGCGAUUGAACGCAAAGCUCGCGUCUCACUUUCAUUGCAUUUCAAAUUGAAGAACGAAGGCUCUGCCCUCAAGUCUGGCUUUGAAGUUUAUGGCACACACCAACUUCCACGUCAUGUUUUUCUCGGACCAUUUCCGUUCAAUUACCUCGAAAGCUGCGUUCCGGUUCCAAUGCUAAACAGCAAUGUUUGCAUGUCCGUCAUCAAAUUGACCAAAUCUAUACCUGCAUCAGUUGCCGAUUGCGACAAAGAGGUAAAGCAACUUAAACCGACGGAACAGAUUGAGGAAGCAAUACAGUCUCCUGUGGCGGAGUCAACAGUCAAUUCUCUUGAGCCUGUAAGUGAUUCUCAUACUACCAUAGUAGACGACGACUCUGCUAUAAAAACUCUCACCAGUUCAAUUGAAGCGACAAGCGGAGUUGAGGAAACCUUAAGUAGUGUGGCAACCGGAGUGUCAGAACGCACGCUUUUAUGUCAUAAUCCAAAAGAUUCGGAAAGUGACGGAAUCGAAAUAAUCGAUGAAAAAGUUAGUUUGAACCCGGAUUUCCUGCUUCAACUACCUGCAUCUAGUCUAUUGCGGAAGCCAACUCAAUCUGAAAUAAUGAAAAGAACACCAAUGCGAAUGUUCGUCGCGCGUACACCGGGUCUACCUCCUGUCAACAUUAAAUUGUUCUCCGAAAAUUCAGUUGUAGUCGAUCACCCUUUCUUGCAUGGUGAAAAGAAGAUGUUCACAUCUAUCGAUAACGCCAAGACUUGGUUGCAGACUCUGGCCAUACGCAACUGUAAGAGUAAAGGAUUAAGUAGCACCGCAAGUAACAGUGGAAGUGAUAAAUCAAAAACGAGUAAUUCGACUGAAGAUUCUUUUGCCAAUUCUGAGUUUACUGAAGACGAAGAAAUCGAUGUUUGUAGCCGAACUCAGGGAGAGUCUCAAGAGCAGGAAGAAACAAUCGACUCAGCAUCGACAACGUCUCGAAGCCCUAAACGGAUCCGGCGCUUGACAGAGAAAGCCAGAAUUUUGGCCGCAACCAAAUCAAAGUCGCAUCGAAAUAGCGAUUCUACCCACGCAAGUUCUUUGAGACGUUCUCAAGAUGCAAGACCGCCUCAACCGCGCAGGGUGGGACCAUCGCGCAAAAACUCGAUUCAGCGAAUGCUGCAUAUUCAAAAAGAACAGGAGCGAAGAGGACUGUUGGGCAAGUUAAUUCGAGAUCUCGACGAGUUGUGCGCACCGGGUAUUGGGCCAAGAGCAAAAAUUGUCGUUUUGAAAAACGCCACUACUAUUGUCAAGCACUUGGAACAACAGGCGAAGGCAAUGGAAAACGUUUAUCAUGGUUUAAAACUGCGGCGGACAGCUCUUCUCACUCAAAGAGAGCAGACAUUUAACAAACUACCGUCCAGUUGCAAACAAAUUUUCAGCUGUUUGAUGGAUUCAGUGCCUCUUCCUUCUCGACAUUUAACCAUGACUGUGAGUGACCGUUCCAAGCGAUGCCGGACUUCUUCACAAACUGAUGACCAGCAAAGUCGAAAUCGUGUUGCAGUUGUAGGGCCCAACAACGCUCUUUUACGCGAAUCUGUUAACCGUGAUAUGACACAAGGUUAUGUCUUGACUGGGGUAGAAUCGUAAGAGAAAACGAUGAAAAGAAAACAACGUGGAGUCUUCGUUUCUUCUUUAAAAUUAAAAAUUCAAUUUUGACUAUUUACUUCUAUUACAUGUAGCGCUUCUAGUAGUCAUGUGAUUUCUUUACUUUUUUUUUCAUACCAAAAUUUUGUUUACUGCUUUCUAAAUGCAUGAAAAUGUGAUCAUGUGGAUCAAAAAUUUCACAAAUAAAAAUUCUGAAUGUA